GUUCAAGUAUUAUUACACUACGGGGAUACCUCUAAGUUUCUCUUUUUUUUUAUUACCCCUACAAUGGCCGUUUUCCUGCCUGCCUUUGUAUUUUUCUCAACUCCGUUUCACAUCGAUCGCCCCCUGUGGCUCUGCUUCACAUUUUCUAGCCGUUAGAGUCAAGACUGUACAUUUGAAACGACAGAGAUAACGACUCUCUGUGCGGCGAAAUUACGUUUUACUUUGAACCCACUCUUCUCCUGAAUUAGAAUUGCAUACCCCAUGGAGAGCUAGGACUUGAGGUUAGAAGGGUCUUAAUCUUUGCAAGUGGAGACCAGAAGUGAUGAAGAUAUUUAGCCUGUUUGGUUUACUGCUGCUACUUCCCAUUUACGUGAGAUCUUUGAACCCGUCUCUGAACGAUGACGUUCUGGGCUUAAUAGUCUUCAAAGCCGACCUCCAAGACCCAAAUGGGAAGCUGGUUUCUUGGAACGAAGACGAUGACAGUCCUUGUAACUGGACCGGUGUGCAAUGCAACCCGAGAUCCAACCGGGUUUUCGAGCUCGUUCUCGACGGGUUUUCGCUCUCUGGACGGAUAGGCAAAGGCCUGCUCCAGCUGCAGUUUCUCCGGAAACUGUCUCUGGCGAAAAACAAUCUCACUGGGGACCUGAGCCCUGUUCUCGCCGGACUCGAAAACCUGAGGGUUCUCGACUUGAGCGAGAACAGACUUUCUGGCUCACUACCUGGUGGUUUCUUUCAGCAAUGUGGGUCUUUACGGUCGGUUUCUUUGGCCUUUAACAAGUUUACCGGCCAGAUACCCGAUAGCUUGAGCUCGUGCUCGACGCUUGCUGCGCUUAACUUGUCUUCGAAUCAGUUUUCGGGUUCUUUACCUUCUGGUCUUUGGUCUUUGAAAGGGCUUAGAUCGCUUGAUCUGUCGAAUAAUCAACUGGGAGGAGAGAUUCCAAAGGGUAUUGAAAGGUUGAAUAACUUGAGAGCAAUUAACUUCGGGAAGAACAAGUUUACAGGUGAGAUUCCAGAAGGAAUUGGGAGUUGUUUGCUUUUGAGGUCGAUUGAUUUCAGUGAGAAUUCGCUAUCCGGCAAUCUUCCAAACGCAAUGGAGAAGCUUGUCUCAUGUAAUGCUAUAAGUUUGCGCAAAAACUCGUUUGUUGGCGGGGUUCCAGAUUGGCUUGGUGACAUGAAAAGCCUUGAGACACUGGAUUUGUCUGAUAACAGCUUUUCUGGGCAGGUUCCGAAUUCGACUGGGAAUCUUCAGUCCUUGAAGGUGCUGAAUAUUUCGACAAAUGCCCUUACUGGGAGCUUGCCAGAGUCCAUGAUCAACUGCAAAAACCUUCUGACCAUGGAUUUCAGUCAUAAUUCGUUAACAGGUAGCCUUCCGGGUUGGAUAUUUCAAUUGGAUGUACAGGAAGUUUUGCUCUCAGGAAAUAGAUUAAGUGGGAGUAUGGACAGUCCCUUGUCUUCCUCACCGGAUAACUCGCGCAGAAAAAUUUUGGUCUUGGAUUUGUCCCACAAUGCGUUUUCAGGUAACGUUCCAUCUUCUGUUGGGAAUUUUAGCAGCUUGCAGGUCCUUGAUUUGAGCGAGAAUCAGUUAAAUGGAAGCAUUCCUUUGGAAAUUGGGGGAGCUAUAUCAUUGAAGGAACUAAGACUAGAGAAGAAUUCCUUGGUAGGAAUAAUCCCAACAUCCAUUGAAAAGUGUACUUCAUUAACUUCUUUGAUUCUUUCAAGGAACAACCUUACUGGCCCAAUACCCACAGCUAUAGCACAACUCAGUAACCUUCAAAUUGUCAACCUAUCUUUUAACAGACUCACCGGAACCCUACCAAAGGAAUUGGCGAAUUUAGGCCACCUUCUCUCCUUUAACAUUUCUCGUAACCAGCUCCAAGGUGCAUUACCCGGCGGUAGUUUUUUCAACACCAUUUCCCCCUCUUCUGUUGCAUUCAACCCCUCUCUGUGUGGUGCUGCAGUCAGCAAAACUUGCCCAACCGUCCUUCCCAAACCAAUCGUCCUCAAUCCCAACUCCUCCGAUUCCCCUCCUGGCUCAAUCCCCCAAAAUCUUGCCCACAAGAAAAGCAUCCUCAGCAUUUCAGCUCUCAUUGCAAUCGGUGCAGCUGCUGUGAUAGUCAUUGGUGUAAUUGCGAUCACUGUCCUUAACCUCCGCGUCAGGUCUUCCACUUCUAGGUCAGCAGUCCCCCUUGUAUUAUCAGGUGGUGAUGACUUCAGCCGGUCCUCCACCACAGAUGCCAACUCUGGUAAGCUUGUCAUGUUCUCAGGGGAUCCAGACUUCAGCACUGGAAAACAUGCUUUGCUCAACAAGGAUUGUGAGCUAGGCCGAGGCGGAUUUGGAGCUGUCUACAAGACUGUGCUAAAAGAUGGGAGACCGAUCGCCAUUAAAAAGCUUACGGUCUCCAGUCUAGUCAAACCCCAGGAAGAAUUUGAAACAGAAGUUAAGAAACUGGGAAUGAUCAGACACCCCAAUCUAGUUUCACUUGAAGGGUAUUACUGGACUCCAUCGCUUCAGCUCCUAAUAUACGAGUUCAUAUCCGGUGGGAGUUUGUAUAAGCACCUGCACGAGGACUAUGAUGGGAACUCCCUCUCCUGGAACGAUCGAUUCAACAUAAUUCUUGGGAUAGCAAAAAGCCUGGCUCACUUGCAUAAAGUGAACACAAUCCACUACAAUCUGAAAUCAAGCAACAUCCUGAUUGACAGCGCGGGCGAGCCUAAGGUGGCAGACUUCGGCCUGGCCAGGCUGUUGCCAAUGCUAGAUCGCUACGUGUUAAGUAAGAAGAUUAACAGCGCGCUUGGAUACAUGGCGCCGGAGUUUGCAUGCCGGACGGUGAAGAUUACUGACAAAUGUGAUGUGUAUGGGUUUGGGGUAUUGGUUUUGGAAGUGGUGACUGGGAAAAUACCGGUUGAGUAUAUGGAGGACGAUAUGGUGGUGCUUUGUGACAUGGUCAGAGGAGCGUUGGAAGAAGGCAGGGUGGAGGAAUGUGUCGAUGGGAGGCUGCAGGGGAAUUUUCCUGCGGAUGAAGUGAUUCCAGUGAUGAAAUUAGGUUUAAUAUGUACAUCUCAGGUGCCAUCGAACCGGCCGGACAUGGGAGAGGUGGUUAACAUAUUGGAUCUGAUCAGAUGCCCUUCUGAAGAGCAAGAUGAGUUGAUGUGAAUUUUGAGAAAGAAAUGGGUUUUUGAUCGUUCAUUUGGCGAAAAAGAAGAAUCCGGCCGGUGGUAGAUUUGUAUUCAACUGGAGAAUGAAGCGAGGAUUGAUUGCUGGAACUCUUUUUGCUUCUUUUUUUUGGGCAUUGUUUUGGUUCUUAUUUUGGUGGGUUUUUCAGUUUAUUAGUAGUCUGUUGUAUCUCUUCAUGUUUUAGUUGGUUACCGGAUUCCUUUUCACCAGGUUCCAGUUUGGGACCCCUUUGGAUAUCAUCAAUUACUGUACUUAGCUAAUACUAGAAUUUUCUGGCAUUAACUUCUGGUUAUGUUGUUCACAUUUGCCAGAGUUUUGAAACUGUUUUUCAUAUUAUCCCAUACUACUCUACUAGUUUUCUAUUUC